AUGAAUUUGAGUCAAUCUGAUUUACUCUUAACUGCUGCAGUGACUUGUUGUGUCUUAAUAUACCAGUUAACAAAAAACAAAUUAGGUAGUAGAAAAAGAUCUCAGUGGACAAAAAAGUGGCUGCAGAGAAAAAAGGGUAGAGGUACUUUAGCUCUUUUAAACAGGGAGCUACGAGUAGAGGAUACGAAUGCUUAUAGAAAUUUUCUUCGCCUUGAUGAUACUCAAUUUGAUUACCUGUUAGCAUUGGUCGAACCUCAUAUAAAAAAGGAAGACACUUUCAUGAGAGAAAGCAUAAGUGCCCAACACAGGCUUGAUGUCACAUUGCGUUUCUUGGCUACUGGUGAAACAUAUAGAAGUCUCAUGUACAGCACAAGAAUUCAUGAGAGCACAAUUUCUAAAAUUGUUCCAGAAACAUGCUUAGCAUUAUGUAGAUGUUUGAAAGAUGUUUAUUUGAAGAAUCCAACUACAGAUGAUUGGUUGAAAGUUGCUGCAGAUUUCCAAAGCAAGUGGAAUUUUCCAAAUUGUCUUGGAGCAUUAGAUGGCCGUCACAUAGCUUUUAGCCCACCUACAUCUGCUGGAUCAUAUUACCACAAUUACAAAGGCACAGACAGUAUGGUUUUACUAGCUUUAGUAGAUGCCAAUUACAAAUUUAUCUAUGUGAAUAUUGGUGUUAAUGGCCGAAUUAGUGAUGGGUCUUCAGUGCUUGUGGACUUUAUAAAAGAAUGCAAAACAAGACACUUAAUCUGCCACCAGACAGAGCUCUUCCUGCUUCAACCUCAUCUCUUAUCUCACUGUCCGUUAUUCGGUCAAGCUUUGAGGCAACAUAUUCCCCAAAGAUCUGGUUAG